AUGGAUGGCUAUCCCGUCGGAAGCUUGGAUCACAAUGCCCCGCUGCUCAUUGCCUCGGGUCUGAACGAGACACCGCCUGACGCCCCCUUCGACUUCGACGGCGAUGACGAGAGUGACAAUCAAUGCCUUCUGGUCAAGUCGGACCUGCCGCUUCUGAGACGCAGGGAAGCAGACGUUCUGCAGGCGUAUUUUGGAGAGAUCAACGCCCGCAGAACGGCUUGCACAAGCUUUUCCCGUGACGAGCCCUAUCGCUUUCGCAUCAGAGCUCUUGGCAGGUCGUUUCUCCUUCCCUCUCGUCGCGCCAAGCUGCCCGAGUUGGUUGAGCAGCCCGAGUCGACGCCGAUCCUGCACUCCCCGUUUUCUCCCCUGUCUCCCGUCUCGAAGCUGUACCCAGACGGAUUGAUCAACUCGCAGUGGAUUAGAAAGCAUCAAGAGCUCGUGCCCUGUAUUUAUGCUUGCUUUUACAACCUGAGCAAGGAUGACCAACUAGGAACCGAAAUCGGUGAGUUCAAAAGAAAGCUGACCGCAUCUGGAUACAAGACGCGCCUGGUCAUCAUUUUCAUGGGCACGGAAGAUGAUGAUUCGGCUCGAUCUGAUUCUGUACAGGAUCAGUUGGAGUCGGUUCGGAGGAGCGCAGGCCUCGACCCCAAAUCCAUCUUCUACAUCCCAGUUCAGGAAUCCCCGGCCGAGCUAAGGCGUGUCAUGGACAGCAUCCUGUCUGCCUGGUUCGGCACUGCAAUCGACUACUACCGUGACCUGGGCAGGCAUGCUAGGAAAAAGCGUUCCCGGGGCAUCACCCCUAGGCCAACGGUCCCUCCGACCUCUGGCACCUCGCGCACCCUUUCCCUCCCGGAUUGGAACUUUCGCUACGAUUUCAAGGCCGCCGUUUUCGCUUCCUUUCGUCAGGAGGCCGAUGCCGCCAUCAGAUCGUUCGAGCAGGCGUACGAAAUACUGCUAGGCUCCGACCUUCUGGACUUGAUGCCCAGCUGGAGCACUCGCUGGAACGAGGCGCGGCAGCUGUCGGAUAUCAUCACCAUCCGCUGUCUCCGAAUUCAGCUCUGGGUGGGAAACACGACUUUGGCCGUAAGGCGAUGGCAGAGUCAUCGAGAACGCAUCGGCGAUUUCGUCGACCGCCGGGGCCAGGGGACGAAUACCUACGGAUGGCAAGCUUGGGAGGCGCGCUGGGCAACGGUGAUGGCCGAGCUCGUUGAAGGGGUCCCAGCCCUCAUCCCUCCCACGCUGUUCUUGCCGGCCGAGAAGGCGGUGCUAGGCGAGCGGCUGAAGCCCUGGGAGCUUCUUCACCAUGCAGGGUACUGGCAUCGAAUGGCUGCGCGCCACAUGGCUUCCCGAAGAACGUUGGCGCAUGCGAUGCCGGACGAGGAUCGCGUCGCGCCCGACGCACAAUCGUUGCAGCCGUAUGGCCUCGACACAUACAUGUGCCCGGCGCCGCAUCAAGAAUAUCCGCUGACCGGGGAGGGGGUCAAUUACUCUCGGCUCGUCGUCGACUGUCUCAUGGCCGCUCGCUCCCAGUUCCAAGCAUACGGCCAACCUCGGCUGACGGCCGAGAUAUCUAUUGAAUGCGCGAGAGAGUUGGCCUCGAUGGAGUCAUGGGAGGAGGCAAUGACCCUGCUGCAGCCGAUGUGGGCCGACGGGUCGUUUCGAUCGGAGGAGUGGCUUCGUGCGUCUGAAGAUCUCUGCUGGAUCAUGAGGAGUGCGGCAGUGGCGACGGGGCGGGCUGAUGUCGUCGUCUCCAUCGACUGGGAACUGUUGCACAGGAGAUUCCCGAAGCGACCUCAGUGGCACUAUGACCUUGGAAAAUCUCUGGAUGGCGUCAAGGCCGACAACAAGCCCGUCGUCCACCUGACGGAUGACUCUGUGCCGUCCUUUGUCUCUGCGAGCUUUGUGUUCCGCCACAAGGAGAGCAAGGCUGGCGAGAUGUGCACAGCGCAGGUGGCGCUGACCUCGGAAGCUCACCCAGGCUCCCCCCCCGUCACGUUGUCGUCCAUGACAGUCCAGUUCGAAGGCAGCAUCAAGCCCAUUACGAUCGAGCACGAAGCCUUCAAAGGAAAUGAAACGACAGACAGCGGUACGCUCAUCAGCGCGCUCAACCUCGACGAGAGGUUUCCCGAAGACUCGGAUGGCGAACUGCCGUCCGAGAUCAGAGGCCGGACCGACUUGUCGUUGCGCCCGGGUCAGAUACGAGUGCUCGAAAUGGCCAUUCCGCUCCGAGAGGCCGGCGUUGCCGAGGCGGCUUCUGUGACGCUCUCGUAUCGAAGCGAGGCGUUCGACCUCGACUACAUUCACAAGUUUCGGGAAACCGAUCGGCCAGUCGGCUGGUUUGUCGACGGUUCGAGGCAGGCUCGUCGGCCUCGGGUUGACGCGCACAUGCUGCAAAUCCAACCGCGGCCACCGAAGAUGCACAUCGGUCUCGUGGAUGCUCGAGAGCAGUAUUACAAAGACGAGGCGGUGCACCUGCAGGUCGAGUUUCGCAACGACGAGGACGAGGCGGCAAACGUCAAACUCGACGUGCACAUGUUUGGCAGACUGUUGCCCUCCUUUCAAGUCGUCGCAAAUGGCGAUGAACAUGCGGCAGAGGGCGGCGAAGCAGAAUCCCGCACGCGAACGAUUCCUCUAGGUCGCUUGGCCAAAGGUGCAUCCCUCGAGGUUCCGAUUCGGAUCGACAAGUCAGACACGCCGGUCGUAUACGAGUUGCACAUUCGAGCAACGUACCACUUGGAGUCGGACGCGGCAACCCCCAUCAUUCAAGUGCUACCGUUGCCGGUGAACGUGGUGGCCCCGUUCGAGGCAAACUACGACCUCGUUCCGCGCCUUCACCAGGACCCGUGGCCGAGCCUGUUCGAUCCGGAAGGGCUGCAGGAAGUGGACGAGGGACUGGCGACGCACGCUCGCGGGUUUGCGCAGAAGUGGUGCCUGCUAUGCCAUUACGCAUCGUUUGCGACGGAGGAGCUCCGGGUGACGGAGACGGAUCUGAGGAUCCUCUCGUCCGGCGAGGCACGUUGCAGCAUCGUCGACAGGCCAGAGAUGGCCGAGGGCGGCCUUGUCGCGGCGCCGAAGACGAUGCACGAGGCGCGCUUCGACUUGGUCGCGCAAAAGCUGCGGCUAGAUGACCGUCACCCGGUGACGCUAGACCUCGACUUCGUCAUCAAGUGGCAGCGCCGAACGGCGGCUGGCGACGGUGCGGUCAACACCACCACGAUGCCAGCGGGCCAGUAUCUCGUUCUGGGAACGGAGCCGCGGGUGCUCGCAUCGGUGCUGCACGCGCCGCCGGAAGCAUGGCCGAGCCUAAUGCACGUGGACUUGACGAUCGAGAACCCAUCGCAUCACUUUCUCACAUUCGGCCUGACGAUGGACCCGAGCGACACGUUUGCCUUUUCAGGCACGAAGCAGACGACGAUGCAUCUGCUGCCCAUGUCGCGGCGGACGACGAGGUACCGGCUCCUGCCGCUCGUUACGGGCACCUACCUGCGGCCGGGGUUGGUGGUUCGGGAUAAAUACUUUCAGAAGAUUCUCCGCAUCAUCCCCACCGAAGGCAUGAAGAUUGACAAGGACGGGCUGCUCAUAUGGGUGCCUGGGGAUUCGCCCGAGGGGAGUGAUGCCGAUUUGGCGACGGCGAUGCUGCCGCUGGCGGACAUGACGCUGGACAAGCUGGCGAUGGACAUGGAAAUGCAAAGGGACCAUCUCGCGCAAGUCAUACGGGCCACGUCGAGCUCUCGAUGUGCUGGGUCGGGACUUGGGCGCAGCAGGUGGAGAUGUCUACUCCUAGAAAUGGCCGCAUCAAUGAACUGGAUGGACCUGUCCUCCUCGCAUCUGCUUCGCAUCUCCAACUCUCGUCUUGUUGCCAGGAUCUCCCGGCCGACGGCGGAUUGCACGACGGCGGCGCAGAGGCACUUCGAAGAUGGUGCCGAUGGCUCGUCGUACGACAGAGCAUAA